CUUACAUUACCUUAUCGUUGUUGCCAUGGGAAAGAACAAGAAGAGCUUUGAUAUGUACCAGUCUUAUCUUGACUCCCUUCCUGCCUCUUCUGGAAAGAAUGCAGGUUAUGAGAUUGAGAACGUUCCCUUGCCAGACUCUAUGAGAACAUCUACAUUGAUAGAACAGAUCGGCAAAGAAAGAUCAUGGACUGAAGACCAGAUUGACAGCGACAUUGACAUUCUUGAAGCCAAUCGUCUUGGCUUUGUUCGCGAUCUCCGUGAUCUGUCAGAUAAUAGCUGGAAGGUUAUUCCACUGUUACCCCUUGUUAGAGAUCUUCUUAGAGCAGCCGUUAGCCCAAAAUAUCAAAAGAAAAAGAAAAACAAAUCUUACAAGAAGAAGAGUGAUUCAUCAGACAGCUCUGAGGAUGAAAACAAUUCACAUGCAACUGUACCUACAAAAGACUCAACCAUUGAUCCUACUACUAAUAAUGGCGGUGGUGGUCCGGAUGCUGCUGGUCCUACACCUGAGACUUCUCCUGGUUCUAAAAAGGUGUUCUCUGGUAGACCCAUUGAGCCUGUGAAUGGCAACCGGAUUCGGGUCAAGACAACUGAUGGUGUAUAUGAAUGCAAUCGGUUCUGUCCUCACAAGGGAGUUGAUUUGGUGACCUGGGGAAAUGUGUUGGGUAACACACUUGUGUGCACGAAGCACAAUUGGAGAUUUAACUUGGAGGGUAAUGAAAUGGUUAAAGGGAAGAGUCUUAAUGCCUGCAAGGUUAAUGACUGGUAGCUCUAUCAUAACAAGCAAUUGAUUAAUUGAUUGAUUUGAUGGUCUUUUUUUUUUAACUUUACUUUACUUUACUGGGUCUUCAUUUAAUGAAUAAAUGUCUAUUAUUAUGAUACCU